GUCUCCAAAUUCACAGAAUGUGGACAUUUUAUUCAUCACAAUACUGUUUAUGCUACGAGCAACUGCAAUACAGCAGAAUUCCGUGUCUCUACCAGUGUUUGUGAGUAUUAGCGUGUGUAGCUACUGGUUAAUCUCGUCCUCUGCUGAGAUUUGAAGACUGGGACUGAUUGUAUAACCCUGACUCACUUGUGGACUCUGCUGAUCAGCACAGUAGCUGUGACUUUGACUGGCCUUGGAGUCAUGUGGGUUUGACUGGGCUGCUGCCACUGGUUCAAUGCAGUACACCAUAGUUCAUAUAGAGACAUUGGCAUUUCCCCAUACACAGGGUGUAUGCUGCUGGAAGUGUGUGUGUCGGAGAGCUCAUGCAAACAUAAAGAACACCUGAUGAACUCGUGCUGUGGAUUGAUGGCAGCAUUCGCGUGAAAUUGAAAGUGCGAACCACUGCUUUUAACCAGGGCAAGGUGACCGGAAACAUGACCGAAUACAAACAGUGUAGCUAUUCCCUCCGCAAGGCGGAGCAUCAGUAUAGAGACAAAGUAGAGUCGCAUCGGCUCAGACACAAGAGGUAUGUGGCAGGGUCUACAGUCAAUCACGGAUUACAAAAAGAAAACCAGCCCCGUCGCAGACCAGGAUGUCUUGCUCCCAGACAGACUAAAUCACUUUUUUGCCCGCAAUGAGGACAAUACAGUGCCACUGACAUGGCUCGCUACCAAAACCUGCGGACUCUCCUUCACUGCAGCCGACAGGUUAUUCAUGAUUGACGCCCUCUUGAGGUCGGUGUGUUAGGUGAUGUUCCUGUUGACCCCAUUGUGACCUUGGUGGUUUCCGCUGGGACUAGACAAUCGUAAGCAGAACUGUCAAGUCACAGAAAGAUGACAUCAACAUCCCCCUCCCACAGCGACAGCAGCAGCGGCUCGUCCAAACAUGGCAGCCAUCAGGACAGCUGGGAGAUCAUAGAGGGGCUAAAGGGUAACCCUGGCAACAUCCAGGAGCCAGAGAAACAGGAAGGCUUCCUGCUCAAGAGGAGGAAAUGGCCCAUGAAGGGAUGGCACAAGAGAUACUUCUUGCUGGAGAAAGGCAUUCUGAAGUACUCAAAAUGUAGAGCUGAUCUGAGGAAAGGCAAGCUGCAUGGCUGCAUUGAUGUGGGGCUGUCUGUCAUGUCAAUCAAGAAGAAAACCAAGGCCAUCGAUCUGGACGCCAACAACAACAUUUAUCACCUCAAGGUGAAAUCUGAGAAGUCUCAGGAAGUGAAGUCACAGGAGUUGUUUGAUGAUUGGGUGUCGAAGCUACGAUGUCACCGUGUCUUCCGUCAGAACGAGAUCGCCAUGUACCCCCACGAGAGGCACCUGUUUCACCCCUCACACCUCUCGCCUAACCUCAACGACUCCAUGAGACGGCAGCACUCCAGUCUGGCUAAGCAGGCGUCAGUUGUCCAGCAGGCGAAGGUCAGUGCCUGGCUUCACUCCUCAGAAGACAUGGACAGGUGCUGCAGAGACUUGGAGGACUGUGAGUCUUACCUGUUGGAACUCAACCUGCUGCUGAAGAGUAUGGAGGUUCUCCACCGCACUUCCUCUGCCCCCGCCAUCAGCCUCAUGGCUUCAACAUAUGACAUUCCCAAGAAGGAGAAGAGGGGUCCCAGGAAGUGGCGUUCAAAAAAUUACACCAAAGAUGCCCCAGCCACGCUACAGGUUCCUGGCUGUGGCUCACCACCUGCCUCUCCUCAUCUCCAUACCUCCCACCCAAACCUCUCUACUGCUGAAGCCAACACCUCCUUCCUGGAAACCCCAGACUCACCUACUGAUGCCAACCGCCUCCAGGAAGACUUCUGCAGGCUGGCUAACAACAUUCACUCCACUCUGCGGUCAGCCUAUAGUUCUCUAUCAGCGGAGAGAGACAGAGUGAGACACACUAUUGACCUGAAGGCCCCCCCUCCAGCGCAGGUCAUGGGCCUCAAGACCGGCUAUGGCUCGGGUCUCCCAGAUGGAUCCCGCCAACUUGUCCACCAGGCAUCCAAUGAAUCCAUGUCGGAGUUCUUUGAUGCUCAGGAGUACCAGCUGACCUCCAGCUCCUCUGAGAAUGAGGCUUCUGAUGAUGACUCGUAUAUCAGUGAUGUCAGUGACAGUGUUUCCAUGGACACCGGCUACAGCAACGAGGGAGGAAGCGAGAGACAUGACUCUGCAGGCUCAGGAGGAAGUGGUGUUCAGGUGGCCCGCAGACGGACUGCCCUCCCCUCCCCUCAGCCCAGCAGCAGCAGUGUCAGUCUAUGGAACAUCCUCAAGAACAACAUAGGGAAGGACCUGUCCAAGGUAGCCAUGCCUGUUCAUCUCAACGAGCCUCUCAACACACUGCAGAGGCUGUGUGAGGAGGUGGAGUACUCUGAACUGCUGGAUACAGCGAACCACACACAGGACCCGUACCAGAGAAUGGUGUAUGUGGCAACAUUUGCAGUGUCUGCAUAUGCCUCCAGUUACCACCGGGCAGGAAGUAAACCCUUUAACCCCGUCCUGGGAGAGACCUACGAGUGUGACAGACCUGACAAGGGCUUCAGGUUCAUAGCAGAACAGGUGAGCCAUCACCCACCUGUGUCAGCGUGUCACUGUGACUCUCACAACUUCACUUUCUGGCAAGAUGUCCAGUGGAAGAAUAAGUUCUGGGGGAAAUCCAUGGAGAUUGUUCCCAUGGGAAUCACUCAUGUGACCCUGCCAGGGUUUGGGGACCACUAUGAGUGGAACAAGGUCACGUCCUGCAUCCACAACAUUCUGAGUGGCCAGCGCUGGAUAGAACACUACGGAGAGAUGUCAAUCAAAAACACCAGCAGUGACGCCUGCCAGUGUACAGUGACCUUCGUCAAGGCAAAAUCGUGGAGCUCAACGGUGAACAAGAUAGAGGGAGUGGUUACAGACAGUGGGGGGCGUGUCAUCCACUCAUUCUUUGGCAAAUGGCAUGAAGGCGUGUACCAAGGAGACACACCCUCUGCCAUCUGCAUCUGGAGAGCAAACCCCAUGCCUGUGGACCAGGACCAGUACUAUGGCUUCACUCAGUUUGGUGUGGAGCUGAAUGAGCUUGAUGCCACCCUGAAGCCCUUCCUACCCCCCACAGACACACGCUUCCGUCUCGACCAGAGGUGUUUGGAAGAAGGGAACAUUGAGGGGGCUGAGGAGCAGAAGCAGAGGAUAGAGCUGCUCCAGAGAGAAAGGAGAAAAGUCUUGGAGGAGAACAACAUGACGCACAAACCACGCUUCUUCAAGAAAUCAAAGGAUGACACGUGGCUGAGCUCUAAUACAUACUGGGAGCAGCGGAAGGACCCUGGGUUCAGCUCUAGAGAGGACUUCCCUGUGCUGUGGUGACCCUGUAACCCCACAGGAGUACAGAUCUAGGGUCACAUUAUCCUUGCCCACAACAGACACAGGAUUUUCCAAAAAGGGGAUCUCCACCUCCACACCAAAAUUGCCGUCUGCAUCACCACACUUCUUUACAGCUGUGAAGCCUGGGUCACUUAGUCGCCACAACAAGCAACUCAAGCGAUUCCACAGAAGAUGCCUGCAGCGCAUCCAGGGAAUCACCUGGUGCAACCGUGUCCUGUACAGAAAUACUUGUUAAGACCCACUGUGAGAGUAUGGAGGCCACGGUCGCCCAACACCAACUGAGCUGGCUUGGGCAUAUCAUUAGAAUAUCUUGGGAGUGCUUGCCGUGGAAGAUCCUGUAUGGCCAGCUAUAUCUUGGGAGUGCUUGCCGUGGAAGAUCCUGUAUGGCCAGCUAUAUCUUGGGAGUGCUUGCCGUGGAAGAUCGUGUAUGGCCAGCUAUAUCUUGGGAGUGCUUGCCGUGGAAGAUCCUGUAUGGCCAGCUAUAUCUUGGGAGUGCUUGCCGUGGAAGAUCCCGUAUGGCCAGCUAUAUCUUGGGAGUGCUAGCCGUGGAAGAUCCCGUAUGGCCAGCUAUAUCUUGGGAGUGCUAGCCGUGGAAGAUCCCGUAUGGCCAGCUAUAUCUUGGGAGUGCUAGCCGUGGAAGAUCCCGUAUGGCCAGCUAUAUCUUGGGAGUGCUAGCCGUGGAAGAUCCCGUAUGGCCAGCUAUAUCUUGGGAGUGCUAGCCGUGGAAGAUCCCGUAUGGCCAGCUAUAUCUUGGGAGUGCUAGCCGUGGAAGAUCCCGUAUGGCCAGCUAUAUCUUGGGAGUGCUAGCCGUGGAAGAUCCCGUAUGGCCAGCUAUAUCUUGGGAGUGCUUGCCGUGGAAGAUCCCGUAUGGCCAGCUAUAUCUUGGGAGUGCUAGCCGUGGAAGAUCCCGUAUGGCCAGCUAUAUCUUGGGAGUGCUAGCCGUGGAAGAUCCUGUAUGGCCAGCUAUAUCUUGGGAGUGCUAGCCGUGGAAGAUCCUGUAUGGCCAGCUAUAUCUUGGCCGGUGGUCUGUAGGGGGGCAGUUAAAAAACGUGGCUGAAGAAGAGCAACAUCAAACCCACAGACAGAGAGGAUGCUGCUGCCGACCGUUCCACCUGGAGGCAGCUCCGGAGGUUGUACAGAGGAGGGGAGGAGCUCCGGAGGUUGUACAGAGGAGGGGAGGAGCUCCGGAGGUUGUACAGAGGAGGGGAGGAGCUCCAGAGAGACAGAACCAUGCCUGCCCCCGCCAACACAGACCUAUGCCCCACAUGCAAUAAGAUUUGGAUCUCCGAUUGGACUCUACACUCACUAAAGAAUUCACCGUUAACUCAGAGGUUGAAGUCCUCAUCGGAUACGAUGGACUACCAUAAGCAAGCCCACAACAAACCUUAACCAAUACAGGGGAAACUCACAACUGACCUUAGAUCAGCACUCGGAGACGUCACUAGAGUCAAAGCUCUGACCCGGUGACUGGGGACUGCUGAGUGUCAGUGUGACCAAGACCAAAAAUGAGCUUCCUGUGUCUGUAGGUGGAGCUAAAAUAGGUCUCGAUCUCUUCAACCUAAUACAAAGUUUUCACUUGAUUCUUUGUUUAAAAGAAAAGAAAGCAUAUUUAAUUAAAUGUUUUUGUCAUGACUUUAGUCUUUCCAGGGACAGGGUUCUCUUCUUUCAAUUUGAUCAUUUUCUCUAUGUAUGUUUUAUACUGUCACUGUAGUUCGGAUGCAGUCCAGCCACCAAAGUGCCUUUUUAAUAUGGAAUGCUGUUCUACUCACAAUAAUCUGCUGUAGAUGAUUAUGCAAAUCCUCACUCACUAUUGGUGAGUUGGUGCUUCUGCGCACUUAUGUCAUUCUUAAUGUGGUCUAUAUAGAAGAUCACUGGUGGGGUGUUGAGGUGUGCAUCUCAAAUGGAAACCUAUUGUCUAUAUAGUGCUAUUUAUGGAAUAGGGUGCACUUGAUAUGGAGUAGGGUGUCAUGUGGGAUACAGUCAAGGGUUGUAAACUAGGGGGAUUUAACUUGUUCUUAAUGUCAAGCACUCUACUGUAAGAGUAUGAUUAUGUCCAAUCACAAUCCAGAUUGUUUUAAUACUCCUCAACCAUUGGCUGACAGUAUGUAUGAGAAGGCCUUCUGGAACUUCAUAACACUGCGUGUUAAAGCCUGUAUGUUGCCCGUUUAUGAUCAGUCAUUACUGUAAAAUAAGACGUAUACUGUAUAUCAGUAAAGAAUAGGGCCGUACUAUCUAUGAAGAUGAAUAAUAAACAGUGAGACUGUUAUACUAUA